AAUACCGGUUUAGCGACCCAACAGGUGCAGGAAACGCGUUAAGUUGAACCGCGGAAAACAGAGCUCCGCCCCCAACAAUAACCACCUGUGCCUCCAGCCGCAAGCGUUCCCGGGAAAGGACGUUGCGGCCUCGCCAGUCGCCGGCUCGGGAGAUGCGAGCCAAGUCCUCAAGGGGCUGGUAUCCGCGCUCCACCGACCCGCAACCACAGUGAGGACUCGGCCCUGCAAGUGAAAGGGGAGGCCGUCCUCCCCGCAGACCCGUAGAGCCACUGUACUGAGAAAACCCGAGCUGUUGGCACUCCGAGCAGGCAGGCAUAUCCGGGGACAGCCCGCAUGCUCGAGGACCCCGGCGGCGGCGCUGCGCGGCGGGAAGGGGGCAAUUUCAAAGCCGAGUUGUGGAGCUCUUGCCGCGGCUGGCUCAAAAUGAAGCUGCACUGCGAGGUCGAGGUAGUCAGUCGGCACUUGCCGGCUUUGGGAAUGAGGAACCGGGGCAAGGGCAUCCGGGCGGUGUUGAGCCUCUGUCAGCAGACGCCCGGGAGUCGGCCGCGGCCUCAGGCUGGAGGCGAGCGAGGCGGCCCGCUCCCUACCUGCCUGGUCAUCUGCACCCUGAGGGACAAGCGCGGGACCCGCUAUGAGCAGCUAAAGGAGAACAUUGAGCAAUUCUUCACCAAAUUUAUGGAUGAGGGGAAAGCUACUGUUCGGUUAAAGGAGCCUCCUGUGGAUAUCUGUUUAAGUAAGGCCAAUUCCAGCAGCUUAAAGAGUUUCCUGUCAGCUGUGAGACUCGCUCACAGAGGUUGUAAUAUUGAGGUACCACUUUCAACCUUCACACCAGUGAAGACUUCAGAAUUUGAAAAAUUUAAAACUAAAAUGGUUAUCACAUCCAAAAAGGACUAUCCUCUAAGCAAGAACUUCCCAUAUUCUCUGGAACAUCUUCAGACUUCUUACUGUGGGCUUGUCCGAGUUGAUAUGCGUAUGCUUUGCUUAAAAAACCUUAGGAAAUUAGACUUGAGUCACAACCAUAUAAAAAAGCUUCCAGCUACAGUUGGAGACCUCAUCCAUCUUCAAGAACUUAACUUGAGUGACAAUCACUUGGAAUCAUUUAGUGUAGCUUUGUGUCAGUCUACACUCCAGAAGUCACUUCGUAGUUUGGAUCUCAGCAAGAACAAAAUUAAGGCGCUCCCUGUGCAGUUUUGUCAGCUCCGAGAACUUACAGAUUUAAAACUUGAUGAUAAUGAAUUGAUUCGAUUUCCUUUCAAGAUGGGACAAUUGACAAACCUGCGUUUUUUGUCAGCUGCUCGAAAUAAGCUUCCAUUUUUGCCUAGUGAAUUUCAAAAUUUAUCCCUUGAGUACUUGGAUCUUUUUGGAAAUACUUUUGAACAACCAAAAGCCCUUCCAGUUAUAAUGCUGCAAACGCCAUUAACUUUAUUGGAAUCCUCUGCACGAGCCAUGUUAUAUAAUAGGAUUCCAUAUGGCUCUCAUAUCAUUCCUUUUCAUCUUUGCCAAGAUUUGGAUACUGCUAAAACCUGUGUCUGUGGAAGAUUCUGUCUAAGCUGUUUUAUUCAGGGAACUACUACCAUGAAUCUACACUCUGUUGCUCACACUGUGGUCUUAGUGGAUAAUAUGGGUGGUACUGAAGCACCUAUUAUCUCUUACUUCUGUUCUCUAGCCUGUUACGUAAAUUCCUGUGAUAUGUUAAAGUAACUGGUGAUAACACAAAAACAAAUUCCAUUUAGUUACAGAUCACCUUGGGAUUCAUUUAUGGUUUAAUAGUGUCAAAUUAGAGAAAGGGAAGCUUUUUGUAUACUUACUUGAGGGCAGGAAUGUGUUACUCUAACAUUUUCAAUCAUUUGACUGUAAAACCUUAAUUUCAUUAAAACCUAUAAUUUUACUGUGAAAGUAGACUUUUUUCAGUUUAUUUCACUUGUGUUGAUAUCAGCCUAGUGUUUCCAGAAUGGGUUGUAGGGCUAUCUUUUAAUGUUAAACAGAUAUUGAUCCCUAUCACUCUGGUCAUAGAAUUUUCUUACCAGUUUCCUUCUUGAAUUUCAAUUAAAGAAAUUGACUUUCUGUAUACAGAAAAUAUAUGUUGGAGGACUAAUAGAGUCUAAGUUUUAGUGAAAACUUGUUUGCUGUGAAACUUUGUUUUUCAGGUAUAUUAUUCUACAUCUGGAAUUCUAUAUUCACCAAGCAUAAAGUUGGAGUUGCUUUGGGAUAAGCAGGCUUCAGCUUUUAUAAGUUUUAUAAUGUUAAUCACAUAAUCUUUGUUGUGACUUUUGUAACUUUUAGAGUUGGAACAGGAUUUUAGGGUUGGGUGGGAAGAACAUAAAAUUGCUUUUUACUGAUUACAUCCUAUAUUUGAGGGUUGUUCGUUUUCUGAUUAUUAUUUUAGUUACUUAAUAUUUUCAAGUUAAAAAAAUAUUUUUUUAAUGUUUGUUUAUUUUUGAGAGAGAGAGAGAGAGAGAGACAGAGCAUAAGUGGGGGAGGAACAGAGAGAGAGGGAGGCACAGAAUCCAAAGCAGGGUCCAGGAUCUGAGCUGUCAGCACAGAUGCAGGGCUCGAACCCAUAAACCAUGAGAUUAGGACCUGAGCCGAAGUCAGAUGCUUAACCAACUGAGCCACCCAGGUGCCCCAAUAUUUUCAAGUUUUUACUUUAAAAAGUGGUGGCGAUACACCAGCUGAACUAUGAUCAGAAUUUUAACUAGGUUAGAGGAAAUAUAAAAUGUAGCUGCUUGAAAGAGAUGUGGAAAAUGGAAUUAGUAGAACUCCAUUCUAUACAUUUGCACUGCCCUUUUUCAAAUCAGCCUCAUAACUGGUUUCUGGGAACAAAAGAGGUGAAAGAGUAAAAGUUACUGGAGAAGACCCUCCCUAGUGUUAGCAUAUCAUUUUUGUUCUAGGCCUGCAGUUACAGGUUGAGUCUGUGUAAGACUGUUUCUUAUGGCUUUAGGUAACUAUUUCCUCUGUCUUCCUAAAAUAUUUGGAGCAUCUUACUUUUUUGAAAAUACAAGCAUUGAGUAAAUACUGUUUUAAAUGUUACAAUAUUUUUAAGGAAUUUUUAAAAAAUGUUUACCUUUGAGAGAGAGGGGGACACAAUCCAAAGCAGCUCCAGGCUCCAAGCUGUCAGCAGAGAGCCUCACACCGGGACCAAACUCAUGGACCGUGAGAUAUGACCUGAGCCAAAGUCAGAUCCUUAACUGACUGAGCUACCCAGGCACCCCUAAAUAUUAGAAGAUUUUUAUUAAAGCUUUAUGUAUAUGAUCUCCAAAAUAUGGUUUCUUCUCAGAGCAAAUGCUUUGGUCCAGAGCCAUAAUUCUUUGGGUGACCUUAAAUUUGUAUUGCUUGUGGUCAAUUAAAUUCUUCCUGCAAAAAUUUCUAUAUUCUGGUUUUUGAUUUUAAAAAAUCAUAUAUAUAAUGCAAACAUGGCUUACAUAAAAAGAGCUGCCAUUUAGCAAAGUAUUUGUCACAAGUGUUUUACAUAAUUUUAUUUAAUCCUCACAAAUUACCCUA